CUAUAUAUAUGGACAUUUUCAAAAUUACUCAAAUUAGUUUGUUUCAUACCUGAUUUGUACUUGUAUAUGUUGGAAUAUUUCUACUUUGUAUUUAUGGAUAGGGGCCAUCGCAGUUGGCCCUAUAGUUAAGCAGCCUCUAGAGGGACCAAAAUAAUUAACACAUGCUAAUUACGUGCCUUGGCUUCCAACCAAACGUUGUUGAUAGGGAUGCGGAUUUCUCACGUAUCUCUGGCAGAGGGCUUCGUCCAGAGCUAGAGCUACCGAUUUAUGCCGAAUUGGGGGCUGUUGUAUCCCUGCAAGUCACUUUGUUCCCGAAACAAGGCUUCUGCAUUGGAACCACAAUCCACCAUGUCGUCGUGGACGGCAAAACUGCUGAAAAAUUUAACAAAGCAUGGGCUCAUGCUUGUAAACAUGGGACCGUACCGAAAAUUUUACCAACGGUUUUAGAUCGUUCUGUCGUCAAUGUUCCAGCCGGACUUGAACAAAAGAUGCUCGGACUUCUGCCGUAUCUCACGGAGGACAAAGAGAACGCAAGAACCCUAAAGCUACCUCCAGUAAAAGAGAUUUUCGCUGAAGACAACGUCCUCCGAACCACCAUCGAGAUGACUCCUGAAAACAUUGAGAAACUCAAGGAGCGAGCCAAGAAAGAGUCAACACGCACUGAGCUUCACUUGUCAACGUUCGUAGUCUCGUUCGCCCAUGUGUGGACAUGCAUGGUGAAGGCCCGUAGAGGCGACCCGGAGCGACCGGUUCGUUUCAUGUAUGCUGCUGAUUUUAGAGACCGGUUAGACCCACCAGUCCCUGUGACAUACUUCGGGACGUGUGUCUUAGCCAUUGAUUUCUAUAAAUACAAAGCUAAGACGUUUUUGGGAGAAGAUGGAUUUGUCAACACCGUCGAAAUUCUCAGUGAUUCGGUCAAACGUUUGUCUUCACAAGGGGUAGAGUCAACUUGGAAGGUGUAUGAGGAAGGAACAAAGACGAUGAAAUGGGGUACACAGUUGUUGGUCGUAAACGGGUCCAACCAGAUAGGGAUGUACGAAACGGAUUUCGGGUGGGGAAGACCCGUUCACACUGAGACAUUGUCUAUCUACAAGAACGAUGAGUUCUCUAUGUCCAAGAGGAGAGAUGGGAUCGGUGGCGUCGAGAUUGGCGUCUCUUUGAAGAAACUUGAGAUGGAUGUUUUCUUGUCUUUAUUUUACAAAUGGAUUGGAAACUGAAAAUUAAACGGUCUUAAUCGAUUCCAGCUUUCGAUUAUUUGUAUUUUUAUGUUUUCAUUUCUAGUUUCAAUAAUUGCCCUAUACGACGCAGAUUUGUAUUGAUUAUGGCUUUUGUAUUGUUUUUGAAUAAUUUGUACUGGGUUACCAUACGUGCGUAAUUAUUGCGUACAAUGGUAUGCAGUCAAUUUUGUUAUUCUUUGGACGUAAUGCGAUAUUUAUGUAAGUAGA